GUCACCGCGGAGGGACGCGCGGGAAGCGGAAGCGGCGGUUGGGUCUCUCGGCGGCAGAUUCGACGGCCCCCUGAGGGGAGACAGCGGGGCACCCGCUGCGCCGGCGGCAGGGAGGGCUCCCGCAGCGGGGGCAAGGGAGGAGAAUGUACUAUAUUACAUUUGUUUCAUAAACUGAGAGAAGAACAGCAUUUGGAAUAAUGGCAACAGGAGACCUAAAAGGAAGUUUAAGAAAAAUAGAGCAUGGACUUCGCUUGUUAAAUUAUCCAAGAGAUGUGGAUUAUACAGUGUUAGUAAAGGGUGAUCCAGCUGCAUUUUUACCUAUCAUCAGCUAUUCUUUUACAUCUUUUUCAACUUAUAUAGCAGAACUUUUGGUAAAGUGCGAUGUGGAACUCACAGCAAAGAGUGACUUGCGUUUUAUUGAAGCUAUUUACAAGCUUCUUCGAGAUCAGUUUCAAUAUAAACCAGUUUUAACAAAACAGCAGUUUCUUCAGUUUGGCUUUGCGGAAAGAAAAAUGCAGAUUGUUUGUGACAUUAUCAACUGUGUGGUGAAAAAACAUAAGGAAUUAAGUAACUCGAAUAAGGAUAAAUCCCAAAUAAGGAAAAAACUCAGAUCCUUUAAAUGUGAAGUAUGGUCAAAUUGUGAUAAUGUCCUUGCUGCUCCUAGUGCCAGUGCUCUGAAUUCCAAACAGAAGCCUCAAGUAGAACGGCACUCAGGAAGUGAAGUUAGUGGUGACCUUUAUCGACUACCCCUUCCAGCACAGGGAGGUAAUGAAGAAGAAAUGUACCUAGAUCGUGAUGUUGUAGAAGUUAAAUGUGAACAAGUCAUAGAAGAUAAUUCUCAGAUUGAAUUCCUAAAGAGUCAGCUUGCUGAUUGCCAGGAAAAACUUCACAAGCUAGAUUGGAUGGAGGAUAAACUACAUGUUUUAGAAGAAAAACUGAAAGGAAAGGUGAUCAUAGAUGAGAAGGACUGGAAUAACUUGUUGAGUCGAGUUUUGCUUCUUGAAACAGAACUGUUGUUGCAAUCCAAAAAGAGAGACUUACAUAUAGAGUUCAGCAAUACAAGUCAAGAAUGUACUUCUGGUAGGAUUCCAGUUGCUCCUGGACAAAUCGGGACUUUUUCAUUCAUAAUCCGUGGUGUUAUUCAAAUUGCUGCUGACCAUUCUCUCUACUUUCAUCCUUUCUGAAGCAUCUAACAGGUAUUCAACUAGGAUUUUUUCUAAACCUUAUUUCAAGAACAGGAAAAAAUCUUUUUCUUCCAUAUCUAGCUAAAUUUUUAUAAUGUAUGAGAAGUAAAUGAAGCAGCCUAAGUGGGAAAGAAAUAAAAAAUAUUUCUCAGGCCAUAAGUAACUGUCCUCUCUUCCUCAAUGGUAGCUCUUUAGACCUUACUUUGCAACGUUCUCUUUAUUAAUUUGGCCUGAUUCCCCUAUGGCAGCUGGUUUUCCUACCACCAGUAGUAUGGAGAAUAUUCUAUUUCCCAUUCUCACUUUUCAGGUAUUUUUGUCCAGUGUUGAGCUGUUUGCAUUGAAAUUCAAGGGGAAUCUCAAUAAUCCACUUUCUGUGGAAAUUAAAAAGGCAGUUUCUUAGUUAUGUCAAAGUUUGUUUAAAUUUUGAUGUCUCAGAAAUGGGACCUUCUUUUUACAGACCUUAGGAAGCUUGUAAUAUGUUUAUGUCAGCAAGGAGGCUCAUGGUCUUUAAAAGAGAAUAUUUAUAUUUUCAGACUUCUAGAAUUCUUCUGAAUUUGUUAGAUCUGUUUUUCUAAAAUAUGAUUCAGGAAAUUUUAGGCAUACAAGUAAUGUGGCCAGUCUUAACUCUUCUGAGAUGCACAGUACUCAGAAUGCUUUCAUGUUCUUUUUGCUUUUAGUGCUCUUCAGGAAUCACAGCUGUACAGAAGAAACAAUUUUUAAUUGUAAUUGAUUUAAAAUAAUUUAAAAUAAUUUCAAAAACAGAAUAGCAUAGCUAAGCACAUUCCAAAGGUAUGAUCUAUAGAUGGUGGCCUUACUGAAAAUAAGGGUAUGGGAACACUUCUUUUUUUCUAAAUACUAUAUUAUCUUCCCUGACAAUAGUAUUUUAAAGUUGCAAGGAGUAUCACAGACUUCCCAAUAUAAAAGAAAAGUCUGUUUCUGAUGAAUGGGUGCUAAACCUAUCCCCAUGGGAGGAGAGCUAAGGAAAGAGCAGGAGCUUGAUAUAAAUUUUAAGCUAAGUAAGAAGGUGAUGAUUUUGUUUCUAUUUCUGCUGCUUAUAAGACAGUUUACUUAGCACAAAUUAAAGACAUGUUUGAACAGGCGGUUUACAAUAAAAAUAAUCUAAUUAUUUGAAAUUACUAUUAAGUGUUUGACCCAGUGAUUAGACUUUCUUAAGUCUUGUUUUUACUGUAAUCAGGAUAAAGGUAGCAUUCAUAGUAAUCUUUUUGGAAUUUGUCUUGUGUGUUAUACAGAGUAUACUGCACUUACCUUGUUUUAAGAAAAUGAGAAACCUAUUUUGGACCCUCACCAGUAGCCUUUUUUUUUUUUUUUUUUUCCCCUCUCUAAACAAUGCAUUCUCUUCUGUUAUUACAUACUGUAAGUCAAGCUAUUUUGAUAGUUGACCUUGUAAUAAGAAAGCAAAAAGUCAAAGGUGACACAAAACCGAGUAUUU